AAUGCAGCAUGCGAGAAGCCGAUUGGGGGCGGAGUUGUACGUGCAGCUCUGUCCUCGUCCUAUGAUUGUUUGUAGUUAACAAGCACAGCAGCGGACUGAAGGUGCUUUUUGUUUGGCUGCGUCUGUGCACCGCUGACAGCAGGCAGGCCAUCUCUUGUCUGGUUGUAUCAGCUUUCAAUCUCACGUUGCCCAUCUUCUCUUCGCAACAAACCAGGUCGAAGUCUUCAAUGAGCUGUAAUAACACGAAGAAGUCAUCUUACCUUUGACCAUCAUCUCAGGGACAACAACUACACUGAAUAAGAGAGUGGUGAUAUCAGCUUCCCCUUUUCCAGACCUCUGCUGUUUCUUGGGCCAACCUUGCUGACCAACAGGAACAAAAAUGUCAGCAGAGAAGAUAGAGACAACAGCCACUGUGUCCAAUGGAUCUGGGCCUGUGUAUGUGGAAAAAGAAGAAAAACUCAGUCCUGAGGAUCUGUCAGAGAUGCUGGCAGCAGGGACGAAAGAGGUUCAUGAGAAGGCUGAGAACACCCAGUUUGUGAAAGAUUUUCUCAGGGGACGUAUCCGAAAAGAGCUCUUCAAGCUUGGUGCUGUUGCUCUCUAUUAUACUUAUGCCGCCAUGGAGGAGGAGAUUGAAAGAAACAAAGACCACCCCCACUUUGCCCCUCUGUAUUUUCCCACAGAGCUGCACCGCCAUGAGGCCCUGGCUCGUGACCUCGAGUACUUUUACGGCCCUGACUGGCAGAGCCAGGUUAAAUGCUCCCAGGCCACCCAGCAGUAUGUGGACCGUAUUCAUCAGGUCGGGCAAGAGGACCCAGUGCUUCUGGUAGCCCAUGCCUACACCCGCUACAUGGGGGACCUUUCAGGGGGCCAGGUGCUGAAAAAAGUGGCCCAGAGAGCCUUGAAGCUGCCGCCCACAGGCGAGGGCCUGGAGUUCUAUCAGUUUGAUGCCAUUCAUAGUGCCAAAGCAUUUAAGCAGCUGUACCGCAGUCGGAUGAACGAGCUUGAACUGGACACGGAAACAAGGAAGAAGCUGGUGGACGAGGCUGUCAAGGCUUUUCAUUUCAACAUGGAGGUGUUUGAUGAGCUAGAGGAGAUGGGUAAAUCCAUCAAGGAGGAGGUUUUGGAUGCUGGUAUGCCUGUCCAUGGAGAAAUGGGCGGAGACAUCAACAAGUGUCCCUACUAUAAUGCCAAAAUGGCUGCAUCCGGUGGAUCAGCAUACGCCUGUCAGCUCGCCAUGGCUGUACUCCGACACCCAACGGGACAGGUCCUGUUUGCCACAUGGUUUGCUGCUCUGGCCGGAUUGGCUGCUUGGUAUCUGAUGUGAUUCAGCUGUCACUGUGUCACCCUGCUGCUGUAAGAGAGAGGGGGGAAGAAGAAGAAUGUAGAGGAAAGGACAGCAAAGAGGCUAAAAAGUCCCUCAAACUGUGCACGUAAUCUCAUAAUUUCACACAAACUUUCUGAAGGGGUCCAAGUUUAUUGUUGUCACACGUUUGUUAAUAAGCGUAGCUAUAAGGACAGAUAAUAAACAAUGGAAUUACAAUGAAAUUAUCGAUAGGACCAUAAGGUUUUCAAUUCGUCCAUCCAGCCAUCCAGCCAUCCACCUAGCCAACCAUCCGUCCAUCCAGCCAUCCAGCUUUACAUUAUCACAAGUACUCCCCAUGGUCACUUCAGUUUUCUACCUCCUUUUCUCUGUCCUUCCAUUUUUCACCUUCUUCAGCAGUUUGCUGAUUUUGCCACUGAGGUUCACCGAGUGAAUAGCUAAUAAGUUGUGAAAUAACAUUAACUGCCAGAUUGACACAGCUAGGUGACUUUCAGAUUUUCUCCAUGCAUCAACUACAAAAUCACCAAAUCCAUCAGUAUUCAAACAAGUUAACUUAGAGCUCUGAUCAUCUAUGUUGAAAUUCUUCAAAUACUAUGCGCAUGUUAUGCAUGGGUACAAUAGCACAGUGAAUUAUUGCUGGGCAGACUGCUGUGUUCAUUUUUAAUAAGGCCUUGGUGUUUUGACAUAAAACAUCUCAAUCUUAGCAGCAACAAGAGGUAAUAUAUGAGGUAAAAUGCAAAGUGGUUUCUCGUAAUUUUGAACUUAGGAAGUGUCUCCAUUAAACUGUAACAUAGAACGCAUUGUGAAAUACAGUGCGGUGCACUUUAGGAUGUCAAGUGUUUCCGAAAAACGGUGUCCCUGUGUACAGUGAAACGGGGAAGGAGUUAAUUGCUUUCUUUUUUUUCUGAAUAUAGCACACCUACACUUAAACAAGUGUAUGAUUUAUUACACAUCCUUUAGAUAGCUGUGAAUAUACAGGAUAUAUAAAUCUCUACAGAUGCAUGUUAAGUUACUCAGAAUUAUGUGAUAUGGCGUCUUGUGCUCCUUAAAAACUGCCUGUUUUUGGUUCAAAUGUACAGCUUAAUUUUCCAUGAUAAAUGCAGGGGCCUAUAUCAGGACUAAACAGAGGUGAUGCAGCUAUUGUAAAAGGAAAAUAUGUUUUAUAAUAUUGAUUAUUUGUCCACAUGGAGGCUAAAUGAGCCUUAGUAUUUUUAGUUUACUCUGAACUACUUCAGGUAAGGUAGUUUGUGUUUAGGUUGAUCCUUCCUGUAUCCACUUGUUAUGGAUAAACCAGUAUGCAUCAUAACUAAAUCUACUUUUCAUGCUGUAUGUUGGAAAAAUGUUCUCAGUAGUGCACAAUGCUGUUUUAACAAAGACAUGGAGGAAUACUUUUUGCUGUGUGAGCUGUAUGCAGUGCAUUUGCACUGAUUGAAGUUUAAUAUUUAUCCUAACACGGUUAUGAAAACUAACUUUGCUUUAUCUUUCCAAGCAGUUUGUUUUGUUUUUUUCUUUUUGGUUUGUUGGACACAAAAUACUAAAGGAAACCUACUGAGAGCAACAUGUCGUCCAGGUCCCUGUGCUUUUUGUAUUUACACGACAAAUUCAUACAAAAAUGGAUGUACAGUAUUCUUUUAUUCGCAAGAUUUCUGUUGGACUUGCAGCUGCAGUGCGGCUGCUAGAUCACAGCUGUGACAGCCGGAGAGAUGAUGUUUGGAGUUAAGAGUCUCAGGGUCAGAUGGCAAUACAAUGUAUUGAAUAUAGAAGACUGAUACAGGGGCGGUCCUAAUAUACUCCUGUUGUUCAUUGUCUAUGUGCUGUUACAUGUUUUUAGUGCCAGAGGCGUGUGUUAAAAUUCUAGUGUUUUUUGUCAUAUGAAGGGACCCUUACUUGAAUCCCAUAAGUUCAGGUACCUUUAAUUAUUGAGUAAACCUAAAACCCAAGUGAAUGAACCCUUGACUAAUCCAUGUUGAUUUUUGAUGGUUUUGCAAUUUCAUUAACUUAGUUCCUAAUCUCUUUGUUUAUUGAAGCUGAGAACAGCCAUGCUUGUAAUUACUUUUUUAAACAUGCUGUUACCUCCAGAUCACAAGUAAACAAAUUUGUUUCUCAAGAUUACAAGGCUUUUUUCCCCCGCUUGAUUGCAGGCUAUUCUAUUUUGUUAAAUGGAGAAAAACAAAUGCUUGAUUUCUUGAGGUAAUGAGACAAUUCAUCCCCAGAAAAUGGCUUCAACCUUCUAAAGAUCACAGGAUGAAUAAGAACUUUAAAUAGUGUCUGGUUCAAGUGAUCACAUCAGAUUUAAAACAGUUGGAGAGGAUUCAUAACUAAACAGUGAUUCAGUCAUGCAUUGAUCAUUAAUGUGUACUCCUUAAUCCAACAUGUUUAGCUUGAAUCUGUUGCUACAGUUGUUUUAUGCAUGCUGGCAUGGCAUUUGAUCCCUGAUAAACACAAGUAGCAGGACAAACUUGUCUCUUGUAAUGAUGGCUUGAUAUUUUUGAUAAACGUUAAAAAGCUUAUUUUAGAAUAGUUCGCUUCUGAUCUUGAGAUAAUGGCAAAGAAAAUAAUAGCAAGCAUGGCCAUUUUCCGCCACUUUAUAGUUUCUUUAUUCAACUGGGCAAAGCUUUAUUAGUGACUGAGUAGUUUGCCUUCAUAGAGUCAGAGAAAAAUCAGGACUAUGCUGUGUUGUCUAUAUUGAAAUAAAAUAUUUUUUCCUGCUCAUGCUGAAAUAAAUGUGAUUCAUUUUGA